AUGUACAUAAAUUACAAAUUGAUAAGCGCCUAUAUAUGGGUGUCAGGGGUUUUUGGAGGAGGAUCAGGGUGGGUUGGGAAAAAUCAAUAA